CUCACGAGACACGGCCACGCGCACUGAACCGUAUGCCGUCGAAGAAGCUGUCCAGGACGGUGCAGAGCAUCAACGUCUUCACCCAUGCCGAUCUUCUUGACGCUUAUCUCUUCAGUCGUCUACUACGGUCUGCUCUUCGCUAUCGACACAAUAGCAAACAAAGUGUUUCCCUUCUGCUUCCACCCGGUCAAAUGCUUCAACUUCGAGGACGAGCUUCAGAGGAGCAUCGACGAGAACUACGGACCAUGCGACGACCUCUACCUCCACGUAUGUAACAGGUGGCGCCGCAAUCACCCCCAUUACCGCGACCAGUCCAGUCUCCUGAACACACGCACUCAGUACACCCUGAUGGAAGCGCUGGCUAAACCGCGUCAAAGUAAAACAUCUGUCCUGGACCGGGUAGCCCUCGGCUACCAGCAGUGCCUGAACGUGCUCAUCAAAAAGGAGGAGCAUGGCGAUGUCAUCAAGGAAUUGUUUAGCAAGUAUCACUAUGAAUGGCCGACCGACACGCUGUCCAAAGAUUUCGACCUGUUAGACAUGGGCGUUGGCAUGGCCUUAGAUUACGACAUCAGUCUUCUCUUUGGACUCUUCGUGCUACCCUACUACAGAACAGACAGCAAGUAUUCCUUGGCCCUAGAUUCGUCGCAAGGUUACAUUCACGUUGACUAUCUUGUGGAUGCACAUGAACAUAAUGACGAACGGUGCAUAGCGCAGUUCGCAAAGGUUUCUUCAUCCGAGGCGCAGGUCAUGAGUUCUAAAGUCAAGGAAUUCCUGAACGAUUUCUCGGCCGUCACUGUGUCCUUGUCCCAUGACAAGGAUCCACUUGUAAGCUACAGAAAGCUGGGGGACUUUCGCAACGUAACUCCAACGAUACCACCGGCAAAGUGGGUUGACACCCUAAACAAGCACCUUCCCAGCAAUGCCUCGGUUGGGAACGACGACGAAGUUCUAGUCGCGCAAAGCGCUCUACCGAUGCUGCGGUAUCUACUUCCAUUAUAUAAAAAUAAGAUCGCUGACCUGAUGCUUGUGGUUGGGUACAUCGUGAUACAGCGAAUGUCGCACGCGUUUUCCUACCAGCAACUCGAGUGCAUGAGCGGUGAAACAUCGAUGCUUGCACCGGCUCUCACGCAGGUUUGUGUCGGCAUGAUGAACAAAGUCGCCCCCUUUGCUAUGGCUCGCAUCCUUUACGACGAAAUACUGGAUCCAGUUUCCGUGAACAUCACCAUGGACAUCUUUCGCGACGUCAGAGAAGCGACGCAAAAAUUAUUGGAACAAAGCGUGUGGAUGUCCGUUCUGACGCGACAAGAAGCGCUUCAACGUCUGACAGACCUGCUCGAAGUCGGGGGCAUCGCACCUGAUUUCUUAAGCACCGAAUCCAUCGAGGAUGCCUACUCUUUCCUGCCGACUUUCGAGAAGCCAUUCAUUGAAGACUACCUGGAAGCCAAGAAGCUUCGCAUGGACAAGUCAAAAGGAUUGCUCAGCUUUCCACCAGGAGCCCGACCAGUGCGACGAGAAGACGUCGAAGUUGACCUCGUGACCGUGAACUCUUUUUACAUGACGCCAGCCCAUAUCGUGUUCAUUCCUGGUUCGAUGAUGCAAGCUCCGUACAUGAACCCAAAACUUCCGGUGCCCGUCAGGUACGGCUCAAUGGGACAUGUCUUGGCCCACGAACUAAGUCACGCGUUUGACAAGACCAUAAGUAAGGUGUCCAGGACGGCCGAGGCGAAGCCGCUCUACGAUCGCACGUCUGCCUUUGCCCUGAUGCUCAAGUUGCAAUGUCUGAGUGGGCAAGUGACUUUGGUAACGGAUAACAGAACUCUGGCCAUCAAUACGUUAAGCGUUUCCUAUGCCGAUAACGCGGGCAUGGAAAUAGCAUCGAAGGCUUUCAGGGAUCUUAGGGAUCCGGGAGAAGGAAUUUUGGGCUACACGGCUCAACAGAUGUUUUUUAUAAGUGCGUGCUUCAAGCUGUGCGGUCUUGAGCCGGAUAAGUUUCAGGAUGGACGACACCCUCCUCUUCAGCUGCGUUGCGAUCUGCCUGCAAUCAAUAGUUUCCAUUUCACGGAAGCAUUCAAAUGCCCCUUUAGUUCAAAUAUGUAUUCGAUCGUACGUUGUAAUUUUCACUGACCCCCAUCGUAACUUACCUACAAUUAAAGA